AGUUCUAAACAGCUCAUGUUAGGUACAGAUACGGCACUGCUGGAUGAAGUCACUCUUUAAAAGAAUUAUUGUGUUUUUUGUGGUAGCUAAACUUCUAUUGAUCGAAUUAAAUGUAUUUAUAGAAUCCGAACAAAAACAUUUGCAAGAAAUGACCACAUCUUAUAACGACUUUUAAGUUACUGAAUUUGAUUUAUUCAAACAGCAAGCCCAAUCAUUCUUAGCCUUGUUUGCACUUUUUAACAGAAAUCUUCACAAUAAAAAUGGAAGAUGUCACCGGAGCUCAGCUCAUUGCUGAAGCACUGAAAGCUCAGAAUGUAGAGUAUAUGUUUGGAAUAGUUGGUGUCCCUAUCAUUGAAGUUGCCAUGGCAGCUCAAGCCUCUGGAAUCAAGUAUGUGGGAAUGCGCAACGAACAAGCAGCAUGCUAUGCUGCAUCUGCUGUUGGGUAUCUUACAGGACGUCCAGGUGUAUGUCUGGUGGUGUCAGGACCUGGGCUCAUACAUGCACUCGGUGGAAUGGCCAACGCCAACAUGAACUGUUGGCCAGUGAUUGUUGUCGGAGGUUCAUCUGAUCAAAAUCAGGAGACCACAGGGGCUUUUCAGGAGUUUCCACAGGUGGAGGCCUGCAGGCUGUACAGUAAGUUCUCUGCUAGGCCCAGCAGUCUGGAUAUGAUCCCCUCAGUGGUGGAGAAGGCGGUACGCACCAGUAUGUAUGGUCGUCCUGGUGCUGUGUAUGUGGACAUCUCCGGGGACAUGGUCAACGCCAAAGUGAACAGGAGCCGAGUCAGAGAGGUGCCCUGUUGUCCUCCUCCUCCUGUGAGUUUGGCAGACAAUAUGUCAAUCACAGAAGCACUGGCUGUCCUUAAAGGAGCCAAACGGCCUUUACUCAUCAUUGGCAAAGGUGCAGCCCAUGGACGAGCAGAGGGGCCUCUGAGGGAGCUGGUGGAGGGAUGUGGCCUGCCCUUUCUGCCCACUCCCAUGGGUAAAGGACUGUUACCUGACAACCACCCAAACUGUGUAGCUGCUGCUCGCUCCAGAGCUCUGCUCCAGGCUGAUGUUGUAGUCCUACUUGGUGCCAGGCUCAACUGGAUCCUUCACUUCGGCCUCCCCCCCAGAUUUGACCCACAUGUGAAGGUCAUCCAGGUGGAUCUCUGUGCUGAAGAGAUGGGGAACAAUGUGCGCCCCGCCGCUGCUCUCCUGGGGGACAUCAGUGCAGUUGUCAAGCAGCUGCUAGAUCACGUUCGCAAAGAUGGCUGGAAGUACCCCGCUGAUACAGAAUGGUGGACCACGUUGAAACAGAAGAUGGAUGCUAACACAAAAAUGACAAUGGCCCUCGCUCUACAGGUGACCAGCCCCAUGACCUACUACCAAGUGUUCCACCACAUCGGCCAGCUGCUUCCCCGGGAUUGUAUCCUCGUCAGUGAGGGUGCCAACACCAUGGACAUCGGACGCACCAUGCUGCCCAAUUGCCUUCCUCGACACAGGUUGGAUGCUGGCACAUUCGGUACAAUGGGGGUGGGUCUGGGCUUUGCCAUUGCGGCUGCAGCUGUGCAGAGGGGCCAGAACACUGGUCAGAGGGUGGUGUGUGUGGAGGGGGACAGUGCCUUUGGAUUCUCUGGGAUGGAGGUCGAGACCAUGUGCAGAUAUAAACUCCCGGUGGUCAUCAUCGUGGUCAACAACAAUGGGAUCUACAGCGGCGUGGAUGCAGAGACGUGGGAAAUGAUGGGGAAGAUGGGAGAACUGACCACUGUAGCCCCCCCGGUGACGUUGCUUCCCGAUGCCCGCUAUGAUGAGGUGAUGAACGCAUUCGGAGGACGAGGGUUUCUGGUGCGGACCAAGGAGGAGUUACUCAGCGCGUUACAGAUCAGCCUCAGUGACUGGGAGAGGCCCAGUCUCCUGAACGUCCUCAUAGACCCGUCGUCUGACAGAAAGCAACAGGAAUUUCCAUGGCUGACUCGCUCCAACCUGUAGCCCCAAGAGGCCGGGUUUACUGGAUCGGCUGCCCGCUGCGUUCCCUUACCUGCAGAAGAACUUUGUGUGUCCCAAAUGGAACUCUUCCCUAUGUAGUACACUCUUUUUCUAUGAUCCCUGGUUAAAAAUAGUGCACUGAAUUACUACAUUGGGAAUAGAGUGCCAUUUGUAAUUCAACCCUUGUUAGUGAACAUCUCUUUACACUCUUGAAAGUUGUAAUUAUUGUGUUCGUGAAAUGACAUUCUGAAAUUAGAUAGGGCAUCAAAGGUUAUCAUCUUGUCAGUUAUUGCAGACCUUAGAGAGCUCUUAAUUACUUAAUAAAUUGUCCAGAUUAACUAGCUAGCCCGUGUUGGCUACCCUGGGAUCUUCUCCAGUAAUUGAAGAGGAACCACUGCUCUAUGACAUGGUGUUAAUUACAGCUUCACAUAUUUGUACCUAAACAAAUUAUAAUUAUGUUUCUAUGAAAUGUUUUAAUCAAGUUACAUUUGCUACACAGUAGUAUUCAACCAAAUGUUGCAUUUUUACAGGAUGACACGAGCGAUAACAACAUAUGCAGUAAAAUGUCUAGCGUGUUUACUCUAAUUUUACAAGUGUCUUUAGUUCUGGAUCGUUUGUCCCAUUUUACAAAAAGGCAGAAUCAGAAUGGCUACCUUUAUUUGCUAAGUAAAUUGACACAUACCCAGACCUUGAUAUGGUGAAAAGGUGCAAUGGGUGGUGAGCAUACAAAGUAUGAGCUAAUAGGAAAUGAGUGGGAAAUAUAUCAGAGAAAUUAAUUUACAGUUAAAUGAAUUCAAAUAUUUAGUGUUAGUAUAUUUAGUAUCAUUCCCCAGACCAAUUCUCAGAUUUUACUGAAUUAUAAAUUGUAUGUUGAUAUUUUGUUCUUUUUAACAUUUCAUUUAAAACACUGACACUCAAUUAUUGUAUUGUGACAUUGGUUCUUUGUUGGGAAAUAUUUGCUUGCAUGCAUAUAUAACCUAUGUUCUGUGGAAACUCUCAGUUUACACAGAUGGAAAAAAAUUGCCCUUAACGUGUCGACAAUUACCUUACAAUUUGCCUUACCGAUUUUCUGGAUUAAAAAAAGAAUCAUCUUUGAAGGAUAAUUUGUCAGGGUUAGGCUGUGAAUCUGAAGGAAAAUGCAGACCAAACAGAAUUCUAUAGAAGAUAAUAUUCAAAUGUUUGGGUAUCCCACUGAGCACAGUUGGGUAAACAAUCAGGAAAUAGAAGCUGCAUCACUCCACCCAGGCACUGCCAAGAAAAGGCUUUCUCCCAAAAAUCAGCACUCAGACAAGAAGACUUGUGAGUGAAGCCACAGAGAGACCAACAAGCACUUUGAAAGUCUUAAUGAGUUCGGUGGCUGGGAGAGUGGAGUAAUCAUGCACCGAUAAAUCAUCAAGAGCUCUGCUCUGGCCUAAUUUGAAGGGUGGCAAGAAAGAAGCUGUUACUCAAAAAGUACAAUCUGAAAGCAGGAGUGACCCAGCUGCCACACGUGAAAAUGUUUUGUGGUUCAAUGAGACAUAGAGCUUUUUGGACAAAGUUCAGAGUGCUAUGUGUGCUGUGGACCCAACACUACUAUGCCUCAACUCACCAUACCUGGAGUAUGGGGGUGGUAGCAUCAUGCUGUGGGGAUGCUUCUCAUCAGUAGGGAGUAGGCAUCUUAUUUAAGUUGAAAGAAUGGAUGGAGCAUAAUACUAGAAGAGAACCUGCACAGUCUGGGAGGGAAUUCCCCUUUCAGCAGGGCGAGGAUCUCAAGUGCAAUGCCAAGAGUGUUUCAAGAAGAUAAAGGUGAAUGUCUUACAGAGGUCCAGUCAAAGGCCUUAGCUCAAUCCUAUUGACAAUGUGGCAGUAUUUGAAAAUGAUGGUACGCAAGCGUCUUCCAACUAACCAAAAUCACUCAAGAGCCUGAUGGGCCCUUGUAAAAAGAACACCAAGUCCGUUAAACUUCAGGGAUAUCAAUCUGUCCAGUUAGGAAGCAUAAGUGAUUAUGAAUCAAUGUCACCUGUUUU